AUGGGGCGUGGUCUGGUCUAUGGGAAGGUGUUAACUCCGCAACAAGACAACCGUUAUAAAGAUUUGGGAGUUACUAGGGCUAAAAAGACGGAGCAGAACAGGCCACUGUUCUGCCCUGGAAUUUGUACACACUGGUUUUUUCCACUGGGAAUUCUCAAACGCAAUUUGAGCUCUCACUCUUAUCACAAGACCGAUGAGGAUAAAGGAAUUCUCUCGAACAGCGAACAAUUUCAGAAAGAUAUGGCAGCUGCUGCCAUGCCUAGCGUGACAAUUCUUAUUGUUUAUUUAUGUGAAAGUUUCUUCUUAAUUAUCAUCAAUUUGCCGCUAGUUUUGACGAUUAUACUUCGAAAGAAGAAUCGCGGGCGACGUGAAUUUCUGAUUAUCGCCGGUAUGGCACUUGGUGAUAUUAUCUACGCAUUCGGGUUUUUCUUUACGGUCACAAGACGACUCGAAUACCUGUCAUCCGCUGGUACUAUGGUAUAUCGACAAGAAUGCAUGACCCAAUUACCGACUAUUCUGUGCUUCCUUGGGAAUACGCUGAUUGGUCAAAUGAACAUCGUAGUUGCAUUGGAUCGAUUUUUGGCUGCCGUAUUCCCUAUAUGGCCUCUUCUUCGGGCUGCUUAUUCCGAAAAUGUCAGCUACAACCUCGGUUCAAGCUGUCAGAUAGGAAACGAUCUAGAAGUUGCAUACAGCAUGUCAAUAGCGGCGUUGAUUCUAAACUGGAUUUUGGUUCUCACAAGCGAUACUACGAGGACACAUAUGAUCAGUAUUUUGUGCAAUUUUUCGGAUUCAACAUAUCCAGGAUUCGGGACAUUUCUGGUAUUCUACCGAUGGUCAUGUAUUAUAAUAGCUGGCUCAAUGUAUGUUGUAGUAAUUGUUCUACUUCGUAAGAGAUUCAAAGUCACAUCACGAGCUUUUGCAUCAUCGAUGAGUAAAGUACAACGGAAGAAGAUUAUGCAAAGCAACGUUACAAUGGUCGCUGCCGAAGUUGAAGCAGGAGCUGCUGUAGCAAUAGGAGUGGAGUGGAGAAAAAUGACCGAAAUUGAGAUGGAGACCGAUGAGGGAACGAGGCGAUCAGUUGCGGGCACAGUUGGAAAAGAUUGGGAUGCUAUAAUAAGAGAGUUCAGAAAACCAAUCAAAAAUCCUUGCCCUCGAGGAAAGAUCAUUGUUCAUCCCCUCCAAGCUCGUUAUCUGAAUUUCGACAUCAGCCAAGAGGAUAGUAUGAACUCAACGUCUAGUAUAUCGAUGAUGGAGCAAUCGAUGGCUGCUGCCUUUGGGACUCCCCGAAGAAAUGCAAAAAAGCUGACAGGCGCCGAGCAAAGGGCAUUAACACUGAAACAUUUGAAGGAACGUCAACAGCAGUUCCAUGAGCAAGAAAUGGCUUUGGGUGGAUAUCAUGAUAUAUUUACCGAUCCAUGCCCCGAAUUCAAACCACGAAACUUUGCAAAAGAUGUAUCUACUUCUGAGGAUGAUUCAAACAUGGAUGAACCUAAUGACCUUCCUGCAGAUGCUCAAGAUAAUACACACAACAUAACUCUUACACCAAACGAUGAAAAUGUUGCGACAUAUUCACAAGGGCGGGUCGGGCAGGGUUGCUCUACACCACAGAAUAUGGCCAAUAACACUUUUGCGCCUCUGCGCAAAAUCGACAUCUCAGUAGUGAAGUGCAGCGAGAGUGUUUCCAGUGACCCAAGGCUAGGUGCUGGAGACCAAGUGAUUACGGAAACCCCGGCCGAUUCGGUUAUAGAAAUUCCGGCUGGCGUAGUUGAGCAGAGUGCAACUGUGAGACGCAAAACGGUGGCAGAGCGUAAUUCACCUACAUCUAACGAAGCACCUGCCGCUGAGCAAGAUGAUUCCAUGGAAGAUGUUUUGUCAAAAAUGCAGAAAACUCCUAAACGUGCGACAUCAACUGCGAAGAGGAGCACGAUGAAUGUGACAAGCAAAAGGCUCGAUAUAGUCGCUGACGUUUCUAUGGAGGAAGCAGGAUCUGCAAGAACAAGUGUGGCCUCUGAACCGGCCAACGGUACGUUCACUGUUCAAGGUGCAAAUGCUACAUUCACCACUCAGUAUGCAAAUGGGACAUACGUAGUUGUGAAAGAAAACACAUAUGUGGUAGAUCCAGCUGAUCCAAAUCGUAGUGGAUGUGACGAGCAGCAAAAUGCUACAUUUACUUUUGUACAACCGGAAAAGGCUCAACCUUCUGGUUACGAAAGUAAUGUAGCUCCCAGCUCAAAGGCAACGACUUCUUCCGGACCGACGUUUGCAGUUCCAGCCCUCCCCAAAGGAAAGGUUAAGCAAGCAACAAAGACGACUGUUGAACAAAGAGAAGAUAGAAUGAAUAAGUCCCAAAAGAAGAACACUUCAAUUCUGGAAGCGAUGGGUGUAGACGUACCUUCGCCUGGAAGAACUUUAUUUGCCGCUCGUCCUUCGAAGAAGCAGCGAACGCUGGUUAAAACACCUGUCAGAACGAAGCCACCCGAGAAUGAAGAUCCCAUGGAAAUAUCUAUUGCCAUGUCCGACAUAAGUAAUCAACCUUCGCUGGAGUCUGGUGAUGAUUCAGCAGGUGAUCAACCAUCGGAUGCAGAGCGACCAGCUCAAACAACUCCAACUCGUACUCCUGGUUUUUGCCGACGCGCUCGUAACGCUCCGGAGCCUUCCUCGAACGUACCUUCUUCUACACCCGUGUCGUCUGUCAGUAGAAGAAGCAACAACUCCCCCUUUGUGGGCCUCAGCCCGAAGGCUAGACAAGCAGCACUGAAGGAGAGUGUUGAACGUUUGUCACGUCCGAAAAAUUAUGAUGGUAUCAGUUGCCAUAGGGAAUGGAAGAGACAGGAAGGCAAGGAUGUUGUGCAAAGAGUAUUACAUUCUCCAAUGGUUGGUAUUUCACGAGGAGAUAAUUUGCCAGCGCCUGUAACGCCGUUCCAACCUCUUGAUGUGUCUCGCAUGACGAUUGCUAAUGCCGAACGUAGCGGAACUGUUCGUCGUGGACCGUUAACGAGAUUGCGGCUGAGUGGAAUAUCACAGCCCCCAGAGGCAGGCUCGAAAUCGAAGCGGGGCAACCUUUUCAAGCGUCUAGGUGAUUAUAAGCCUCAAGAAAGUGCCGAUCCAAGACGCUCACCAGAACCAGCCGACACUGAUACUCCUCAGAAAGAGCAAGCGGUGGAGGAAACGCCCAUGGACGUUCCCAUUAGUUGUAUCUCACCUCCUGCUGAUGGUUUGAUUGAUAUGCAGCCAGCAGCAGGGGAUUCAGUGGUGCAAGCUUCAUCUCCACGAGUUCCUGCCGGAAAAAAUGCUGUGGUCUCACCCUGCGUGGAAGCUGUGUCAGAUGAAUGCGAGAAGUCACUCAUGGAUGCUGCACGACAACUAAGUCUAGAAGGCAUACCCAACCUGAGUCAUUUAGAUAUAUCACCGAAAGGAAUGGACUUGGAGUCUGGGCAAAGUCCCAGUGUUGAAACGGUAGUGCGGAGAAAGAAACCCCAAGGGUUACUUACCGAUAGCCUUUUCUCCACGGAUACACCACAUCGAGCCCCUCCUAAACCUGUCAAACACCCGUUCCAUGCCCCUCCCAGACAUCACUCACUGGAUUCUUUCGUCGCGGGCAUUGGAGCCGUCUCAUCUGAGGAUUCUGCAACGGCGGACGAAUUUGAUUUCAUAGAGGUUGAAAGCGAAGGGAGACAAAAACUGGAGCCCAUGAUUCUCAAGCCUAGAAAAGUCGUUCAUCCGUCACCUCCGCCUGAUCCCAAUCUUCGCCGAUCGAGCCGCAACCGGAUGAAGCCAGUACGUCAGUGGCUUGGAGAGAAACCGGUAUAUGCAGUGUCGCCAGGAGGAGGACUAACAUUGAAAGGGGUGAAUGAAGUUGAAAUAAGGGACAAGCGGUUUCUUAAAGUUAGAACGGCAAACUACAGGAAAGCCCAAGAAAGAGAGCAGCAAAUAGCUGCUUAUAAACGCAUGCUUCGUGAGAAACGUAAGCAGGAAGCGCGUGAACGGAAGCAGCAACGUUUGCGAGACCUACGCGCACGUCAUCGCAAGGGAGUGGAUUUACAUAUAACCCUCGACUCAAUUGUCACAAGCAGCGAUGAAGAAGACUCAGAUUAA